CACAAUACAGAAGUCACGUUCAGCUCCAGUUAUUUAACUUCCUUGUUGAGUUUGUGCGGCGGUCACCAUGAUGGUUUCAAUAUAUCUCCUGUUGAUGAUUUGUAUGGUUUCAUAUGCAUACGAGAACAUUGCCCUCAAUAAACCGACAUGGCAGCUUCAUCCGUAUAGCAACACGCUAUAUUCUGCAAGUAAUGCUGUAGAUGGUCGCAAAUCUAACCUCCACGUGACUGGUAACCAGUGUGUCAUAUCUAACGUUAAUCAGCAGGUAGCCACAUGGAGAGUGGACUUACAGGACAUCCUCAGUAUACAUCACAUUACCAUUUAUUACAGGACGGACAAUAUCACAUGGGGUCCAAAAAAUAAUUACUCCGGCAGAUUUGUGGGUUUUUCAUUAUACGUAUCGAACACAACCAAUAGAACACAAGGUCAUCUGUGUGUUCCUGACACAAACUACACAAGGGACACCAUACCCGCCGUCCUCAACGUCGCCUGCCCAGUUCACGGACAAUACAUCAUCUACUACAACGAAAGACUACCCGGAGUUACCUACCCUGUUGGUUAUAGUACCCAUGCAUUUAAUGAACUCUGUGAAGUAGAGGUUUACGGGUGUCCCAUUCCUGGAUAUUAUGGAACAGACUGUUCCCUUUCGUGUCCAGUCAACUGUAGAACUAUGCAUUGCCACAUAGAGACGGGGGCGUGUCAGGGUUGUAAACCUGGAUAUAAAGGUCAUCGAUGUGAACAAGAAUGUGACAGCGGAAGGUAUGGUGAAAUGUGCCAGUACGAAUGUGGAAAAUGUAAAGACAAGGAAAAGUGUCAUCAUAUAGACGGGGCAUGUUUAAACGGAUGUGAGCCAGGUUUCAAGGGAGGGGGAUGUGUAGAAAAAUGUGACAGCGGAAAGUAUGGCGAAGGCUGUCAAUAUGAAUGUGGAAAAUGUAAAGAUAUGGAUCAGUGUCAUCACAUAAACGGCACAUGUUCAAACGGAUGUCAAGAAGGUUUCAAGGAAGGGAAAUGUGUAGAACAAAACAUAGCAUUUAAGAAAUCAACAUGGCAACUUACACAAUAUAUCCCAAAUGACGACACAUUCGAUGAAAGUAAUGCUGUAGAUGGGCUCAAAUCUAACCUCAGCGCCUGGGGAGGGCAGUGUGCCAUAUCCGAUGUUAAUCGACAUAUAGCUACUUGGAGAGUGGACCUAAAUGACAUCCUCAGUGUUCGUCACAUUACCAUUUACUACAGGACGGACAAUUCUGCAUUGGUUUGGCCAACUGACUUUGCUGGAAGGUUUUUGGGGUUCUCCUUAUACGUAUCAAACACAACCAACAAAACACAGGGAAAAUUGUGUUUCCAUGACACAAACUACACAACAGCAACCAUACCCACCGUCCUUGAUAUCAACUGUCCAGUGCACGGACGAUACGUCAUCUAUUACAACGAAAGACUACAAGGAAAUACCUACCCUGCUGGUUAUAGUGAUUACGCAUUUAAUGAACUCUGUGAAGUAGAGGUUUAUGGGUGUCCCAGUCCUGGGUUUUACGGAAGAAACUGUUCCCUCUCGUGUCCAGAUGACAACUGUAGAUAUUGUCACAUAGAGACAGGGGUGUGUCAGGGGUGUAGAUCUGGAUAUAAAGGUCACCGGUGUCAACAAGAAUGCAACGAUAAGAAGUUCGGUGAAGGAUGUCAAGAGGAUUGUGGGUAUUGUACAGGUUUGACACAGUGUCAUCAUGUUAACGGGACGUGUUUAAAUGGAUGUAAACCGGGCUUCAAACCAGGGACCUGUAAAGAAACGUGUGACAAUGGAAAAUAUGGUCAGGAUUGUGAUUCCGAUUGUGGAGCUUGCUUAAAAUCAGAACAGUGUCACCAUGUGAAUGGAACGUGUUUAAAGGGAUGUGAUCUAGGAUACAAGGGUGAUUUAUGCAAUGAAACGUGCGACAAUAGAACAUAUGGUCAGGAUUGUGAUUCCGAUUGUGGAGCUUGCUUAAAAUCAGAACAGUGUCACCAUGUGAAUGGAACGUGUUUAAAGGGAUGUGAUCCAGGAUACAUGGGUGAUUUAUGCAAUGAAACGUGCGACAAUAGAACAUACGGUCAGGAUUGUGAUUCCAAUUGUGGAGCUUGCUUAAAAUCAGAACAGUGUCACCAUGUGAAUGGAACGUGUUUAAAGGGAUGUGAUCCAGGAUACAAGGGUGAUUUAUGCAAUGAAAGAUGUGAUGAUGGAGUGUUUGGAGAAAAUUGUAAUACAUCGUGCGGAAGAUGUAUUAGCUCAGAACCGUGUCAUCAUAUCAACGGAACAUGUAUGAACGGAUGUGAAAGUGGUUUUCAUGGAUGGAAUUGCACUGAAGUAUGUGAAGAUGGAUAUUUUGGUGAAAACUGCUUGAAAACAUGUAACCAAACGUGUAUGAGUUGUAAUAAAAGUUCUGGAAUAUGUGACAGUGGGUGUCUUUCAGGAUGGAAGGGGGACUACUGCGAAAAAGCUUGUGAUGGUGGAUGGUAUGGCGAAAAUUGCAGCAUUCGCUGUGGAAUGUGUCUAAACUCGGCACAAUGUCACCCCAUUAAUGGGUCAUGCAUGGUUGGAUGUGAUAGGGGCUUCCAGGGAGAGAAUUGCACUCGAUUAUGUGAUGAUGGGUUUUUUGGCCACAACUGCUUAGAAACGUGCAACAAGACAUGUAAGAGCUGUAAUAAGACUACAGGGAUAUACGACAAUGGAUGUCACGAUGGAUGGAAAGGGGACUACUGUGAUAAAGAAUGUAACGGUGGUGUGUUUGGAGAGGAUUGCAGUCGCAGCUGUGGACACUGUAACAACACAGAACAGUGUCAUCACAUCAAUGGAAUUUGUUUAAGAGGGUGUGACUUGGGAUACGAAGGAAAUAAUUGUACCAAAGUUUGCGAACAUAGUCACUUUGGAUAUGACUGUGCUCAAAAUUGCAGUUCAGGAUGUGUUAACAUGACAUGCGAUCGGCGAAAUGGAUCUUGUGCUAUAAUCAAAUUGAAACUUGAUGAACAAACGGGAGAUAAUGAAAUGGUUCCAAUAGCUGGUGCCAGUGCAGGUGUACUCGCCGUGUUGAUAGGCGUCCUCGUGGUACUCUUCAGCAUACGAAGAUCUAGGAAAGCAAAAGAACAAAGAAAACAAGAAUUGACUCAUAAUGCUGGAUUCGACAAUCUGUAUGCAAAUGCUGAUCCUGGACUCAGUACAGAAACAAAGAAAAGACGAACAAAUGGCACGUACAAGGAACCAAACAAAGCCCACGAAUCUUCCAAGCUAGCGACAACAAAAAAUGUUGGAGAUGAGGAAAUGGAUGAUAGUCACGAUGAUUUGUACAUGAAUGAAACAGUAACAGAAAUUCCAAUUGAUCGUCUAGAAUCAGCUAUUGCAGAAAAGCAGGAAAAUGACGACAAUGGGUUUCGGAAGGAGUAUGCUGCACUCCCCCACGGUGAACGUCAUAAGUGCGACGCUGGAAAGCUGCCCCAAAACGUGCCCAAAAAUAGAUUCAAAACCACGUUUCCAUAUGAUCAUUCAAGGGUCAUAUUAAGGACAAAAGCAGAUGGAGAAUCCACAGAUUAUAUAAACGCAAAUUAUAUUGAUGGUCCAAAUCGGAAAAAAGAAUACAUUGCUGCUCAAGGACCGAGACCAAAUACAUUAAAAGAUUUCUGGACGAUGAUCUGGCAAGAAAAUGUGUCUGUUAUUGUUAUGUUGACGAAUCUCAAAGAAGGAGACAAGAUAAAAUGUAGCCAGUACUGGCCAGAUCGGAAUAAGCAUAUAAGCUAUGGAAUUGUAUCAGUGAAGAUGAUUGAGGAAAAAGAAUACGCAUUCUACGUCGUACGAAAGCUGACAGUGAUUAACAAGGAGCUGAAGAAUUCACGUGUUGUGACACACUAUCACUACACCUCGUGGCCGGAUCAUGGAACGCCUGACCCCCUGUGCCUUGUUAUUUUCCAUAACCACGUGACCAGAACAACUACCAAUAAGAGUGAUGCACCCACUGUUGUCCAUUGCAGUGCCGGUAUUGGACGCACAGGGACAUACAUCGCUUUGGACGCUCUAUCCCAGAUUGGAAGAAAGACAAAGAAGGUGGACAUCGCUAAAUAUAUCAGGAAAAUGAGGGAAAAUCGAAUGACCAUGGUCCAGACAUACGAACAGUACGUAACUGUAUUCCUUGCUUUACAUGAAACUUUCAUGGCACCCGUCAAGCUGGACAACAUUUCCGAUUUCAGUAGGAAAGCCGAAAAGGCGGGAAAAGACAUGCCAGCCAAUCAAAACGUCUUACUUAAAGACGUUCAGGUACGGAAUGAAUUUGAGCUUCUACUUAAAUUACGACCAACGUACACUGACUCAGACUACAAGGUGGCGAAACAAAGCAGUGGAAAGAAAGCUGAAGGAAUAAUGCCACUUGAUAAGUAUAGUUUGCACCUCUCUUCUGUGGUUUCAAAACGAGGUCAAUACAUCAACGCCAUUGUUGUUCCGUCCUAUACCAAAGCAAGAGGUUUCAUUGUGACUCAAUAUCCACCGACAGGGGACGCUGUUGAUUUCUUACGUCUCCUCAUUGAUCACGAGUCUAACACAGUGAUCUUCAUGGAUCCACUAAUUGACAUUGAAACGAGCAAUGAGUGGCUACCAAGAGAUUCCUCUUCCAAAGCAGUUCCUCCGUUUUCAGUCCAUAGGCAGUCCAACUCCCGGACCGAUGUUACCAGUACCGUGCUCAGCAUUCAACACGACAACACUGAACACGAGGCUCAUCCAGUGACAGUUAUUGAACCGAAUGUCAGAAUCAAAUCAACCGGGAACCAUCUGGACACAUCCCAGCUUCGGAGUCUGGUGUCAGCGGCUCGAUUUACAGAAUCAGAGAACCCCAUCACUGUGGUCAGCAGAGAUGGCGCUUCCAUGUGCGGUAUUUUCUGUGCCGUCCACAACCUGAUAGAACAGAUCACCUUAGAUGAUGGCGUGGAUGUGUUCACUGCUGUUCGACAGCUUCAAAUCAGGAGACCGGAAUUCUGUGCAAACCUUGAGGAAUAUGGGCUGGUAUACAGAGCGGUUCACGAUCACAUCCAGAGUACUUCAGAGAACAUCUACUCCAACCAAUAGAAUGUUCCAAAAAACCAAUAAUAUGCUGCCAAACAUAUACUACAACCAAUAGAAUGUUCCAAAACAACAUAUAUUAUGUUUCAAAACAACCAAUAAUAUGCUGCCAAACAUCUACUUCAAGUAAUAGAAUGUUCCAAACAUGUUACAACCAAUAGGGUGUUUCAGGACAUCUGCCAUAACUAAUUGAAUGCUUCAAAACUCUCGCAACGUUUACUAGUAUACACUUAAGUACUACACCAACUAGAGCGUGCCAUAAUAUCCAUUGCAACAAAAAUUUCUUCCACGAGUAAUGGAGAACUGCGGACAACAUGGCUAUACUGUUAAAGUGGUUAUUUAUCCUGUGGGUUAAGUACGCUUUUUUCCGCGUCCAACAUUACGCUCGGGGAAAAUACGCUGUAACUAAAUAUAACUUACAUUAUAUCACAUAUUUAUAACUAUACGCGUGGGUGGAAUUUACGGGCGUUUUAUGUGACCUGGUAAUUAGUGUAAAUUUCCCCCAUGUGUAAAUAACACUUUUACAGUAUUCUGUAGAAAGAUUCUUAAGUAGGUUAAAGAUACUUUAACCACUUAGAUAGAGACGCCACCAGCUGAAGAUGAAGUGUCACAUAAUUAGACCGAUUAUGUUGCAGUGAUUGUUAAAUGAGAUUGUUUUAGAGAAUUCACAACAAACUAAAAAAAAAAAAACACUUAUAGCUGAUAACAUCUUUAGAGUAUAUAGUCAAAUUUAUAUCCUUAUGCAUCGUUUUCAUUACUUUUUGUCAUUGCAUCAUCUUUUUAUUACAUCAUCAUUAUUAUUACUAUUAAUAUUAUUUUCUUAUUUAUUAUUACGACUAUUAAUCUUGUGAAUACUUAGGAAUUUACGUGUAUCAUAAGCAGUGAUGAUGAUUACGGAUGCAGAAAAGCGAAGAUAUAAAUUGUUUCAAAUAUUAAUACAUUCAUAAUCAAGUUGAUUGAUAACACGAUUAAACCUUUAUUGACAUGUAAGUAUUUAUAUUAAUUAGGAUAGCAAAAUACAUAUAGGUAUAAAUCUUUUCAUAAUUCGAAUCUCAAGCAUCUCCGGAAAUAAUACCCUACAUAAUCCUUAAUCCCUCUGAAUAGUUUACAUAAAGCUACCGUUAGACUGAUGAAGAGAUUGGAAAAUAGAUUUAUAACCACAUAGAAUUGUUUUUUACCAUUAAUGCAGAUACGAUAUAUAUAUAUAUAUAUAUAUAUAUAUAUAUAUAUAUAUAUAUACAUGAAUUGCUUUUUUUUUUACUUCAUAUGGAAGAUAUGUCAUAACCAGACACCGAGGUUGACUGAUCAAAGUGCGUCCAUCGUCUGAUGAGUACCCUACGUCUGAUUUAUAGUACACCUUUGUUGAUUUUCACCACACAUAUGCUCAUCUCACCCUAACAUGCUUGAAUAAGCGUUAUGUCAAUUUCGUUGCCCCUCUGGGAAAAUUAUUACAAAAUGCGAAAUAGAGUAAUUUGGAACACAUUUCUGUAAUGUCAAACCACGCUUCUUUCAGCGAUAUUCUAUAGAAGCAUGCAAUGCUCCAAUGGCUUGGAGUUCUAGGGGAUCGUGGGUUUAUUGAAUUAAGACUACACUACAAGAAGAUAAUUGCAUGUUAUUUUAGAAAACAUUUAAAGACUUGUUUCACAUACUCUGGCCUCACCUCGAAGAUUUAAAAAAUUAACAGCUGUGUUUCUCGUGGAAAGAAUCUAUUAAAAGUCUCUAAAGUGAAUGGAAGUCUGAAAUGUGAUAAAAAGAGUCCAGUGUGAUCACAUUGUCUCUGGAUGUUAAACUUAUACGGUACCAAUUUUGAUGCACCAGAUGUGCAUUUCGACAAUUGAUUGAUUGAAUAUUGUUUAACGUCCCUCUCGAGAAUAUUUCACUCAUAUGGAGACGUCACCACUGCCGGUGAAGGGCUGCACAAUUUAGGCAUAUGCUCGUCGCUUAUGGACAUUGAGCAGGGAGGGAUCUUUAUCGUGCCACACCUGCUGUAACACGGGACCUCGGUUUUUGCGGUUUCAUCCAAAGGGCCGCCCCAUGUCUCUUCAGUGAUAUAUCAUGAGUAUAUGUUAUACAAUAGGAUACUGAUAUAUGAUGAAAAGCUAUAUCACAUGUGAAAACAACAUGCAUGUGCAUUAAUUAUGUGUAAAGGGCAUUGGGGUGCGAUAUUGCACUUUUUCAUCCAAUAGCUUGGCUAAUAUGACUUAAACGUAAACAUAAUUCCUCUUUACGAACAUUAUAAGACUAUAUUAUGGAGCUUAAAACAUGGUUAGAUCACCAUCACUUCACAAAACCGAGGCAACCUCAAUGGAAUUGAUUAUGAAAUACUGUCAAUAAGACUAAAGAGUUAGCCAAACUUAUUAUGAAAUAUUUAUGUAAAUAAAACUAAAUACUUCGCUAAACUUAUAUAUCAAUGGUAAUUAAUAUAAAAUUACAUCAUUAUUUCUUUUUGCAUUAUAACAGUUACACGUAAAAACAAUUUGAAAAUAUACUGGGACAAUAUAAAAUCCACAUUUUUUUGUGGGAUUCACAUUUCGGAAAUUUGUAAGAAACAUAAACGUCUCGUCGAUAUUAAGUUUGUGGACAGUUCGUUAGUGUUAUUCCUUAUGAAUGAAAUAUAUACUUUGUUGAAAAACUUCAAAUUUCAAAGUUUGACGUCUCGAAUAGUCGUCAAGGCAAAUAGCAUUUCUGUUUAUCAAAGGAAAUUGUUCAAAAGAAAUGAAGAAAAAAAAAACCCCAGAAGUUGCAUAACGACUGAUGAUAGAUUAACUCAACGAAACUUACAAGUAUUGCAACAACUUGCAGAAAUGUAUAUUUUAUUAUUCUAAUUAUUAUCAUCAUGGAUAUUUUGUUUUUGUUUUCAUGUCUUUGAAAGUUGUAUGCUGUAAUUUUAUCCAUAUUUCAUGUACAUAAAUAUGUCAUACGAAUUUUUUUUAUUGCAUUCGAAUUCCUAUCAUUUGAAUUAUAUGUAUUCUCUUUCUUGGUAAUAAUUUUGUGCAAUAUAUUCCAAAAGUCAU